AUGCUUACACGUCUUGUUCGCGACCAUAGUCAAAAGCAACAGAAUACUCGGCGUAACAAUGAACAAUUACGCAAAGAAGUUGUACAGUCCGUAUCUGAAGUAUCAGAUACGUUAAGUGAAUCUUUGAAUGAAAGAGUCGCAUCAAUAUUCAAAACACAACGAGAGAUAGAAUCAGAAAUACGUAAACUAUCCGGACAGACGAGCAAACACACAAAACAGGCGAAACAAUGGAUGACGUUGAUGGAUGGGCUGAGUGCUGCAUUGAAGGAAAUAGGCGAUGUACAAAAUUGGGGAGAGGUAAUCGAAAAAGAUAUGCGUGAUAUUGCAAUGACUUUAGAAUAUGUGCAUAGAGGCACGAUGGAUGGAGAUCCAGUUGAUGUUAUUGAUACUACUACAUCCACAUCAACGUCUCCUCCCCCAUCACAUAGCGCACCACCUGGGUCUUUAAAUGCAACUAGUAUUGCUACUUCUACUAUUGAUCAAACAUUAUCGAAAAAUUAUGAAUCCACUUCAUAG